AGUGAUCUGAUUAACCAUUCCCUUUAUGAUGUCAUUCACGAGGAUGACCGCCUCAAGUUUUUUAAUUUGUUAUCCAAAUUUCAGCCUCAGGGAGCUCAUGAUGAUGGUACUUUAUCUUUCACUGGCCAUUUGAGGAGGGGCUCGAUGGAUCCCAGUGAGCCAGCCAUCUAUGAGUAUGUGAAAGUGUUUGGCACAUCACAGAUGGUAGACAUAGAAGAACAAGAUUGUGACCAGAGUGACUUCAUGUGUGAUGAUGUCCCGAAGCAGUCCCUGUGUUUCUGCUGUACUGUUCGCCUGCAGACAUCACAUAUCAUUCGAGAAAUGUCCAUUGUUGAUGAGACUACAUGCGAAUUCACUUCUCGCCAUUCUCUAGAAUGGAAGUUUCUAUUUUUAGAUCACAGAGCUCCACCAAUCAUUGGAUACCUGCCUUUUGAGGUCCUUGGGACGUCAGGCUACGAUUACUAUCACCCUGAUGAUCUAGAGAUUGUCUCCAAGUGCCAUGAACAGUUGAUAAUGAUGGGCAAAGGAAGGUCAAACUGCUACCGGUUUUUAACCAAAGGUCAACAGUGGAUCUGGUUACAAACCAGGUACUUUGUCACGUACCACCAGUGGAACUCCAAACCGGAGUUUAUUGUUUGCACCAAUACUGUUGUCGGCUAUGGGCAUGUCAGAAGACAGUUGAGACAAGAUAUGGGCUAUGUGGAAGGUGAUGCUGUCAACACGACCGUCAACUCUACCACUAACAGUGGUGGUGCCGGCGGUGAAUGUCUGGCUGAUGCUGCUGCUGCUGCUUCCAGGGAGAGGAGACCGCAACAGGAGGGUCAUGUGACAUCUCUGAGCCAGUCAGAAAAUUUGUCAAUGGGUGGGCAGAUUGUUCAGUCACCGGAUGUUGCUUCAAGUCAGCACUCCGACAGUGAGCGAACACAACAGCCCCACUCUACCAAGCAGGAGCACAACACUCGAAGGCAUGUCAGUAGCCAGCUACAGUCCCUGCUGCAGCUUCACCUGCAGCGCUCACUGGCUGCCUCCUCAGCCGCAUCCUCAUCCCAGGCUGCACAUACCAUUAGCACCUCGACUACAGCGGCAUCCACUGAACCUCUCAGACUCACCCUGACCUCAUCUGCUUCACAAACUAGAGUAGCUUGCAGCUCUCACUCCACGCUAAUGUCUGUUGGUCAACAGAUAACCAGAAAUCAGGGCAGAGUACUUCCCAGCCUGGUCCCUCUAAUGACUGCCAUGUCCACAAAUCUGGAGCCUAUGUCCACAAGUCAGAGGAAAUUUUUCCAGUCAGGGUUAACCUUAAGCCCAGCUCAGCAGUUCCUACAUGAACAACUAGUCCACAAGUCAGAGCAGCUGCAGAGUGCCAUCCAGCGGCAGCAGGAGGAGCUCAGGUUCAUCAAGGAGCAGCUGGCUUACUCCCACGGUGGUGGUCAGAUG